CACUCGUCAGGUUUAUUGGCGUGUUUUCUCGUCACUCUCCGGCGGGUCACAUGCACCUUAAGGUGGAAACGUUCUGGGUCUGGAGCUGUCCCAUCGAUGACCGCAUUCAUGUGAUUGAAUCCCAUCUCAGCUGAUCGGUUCCGGAAGCGUUCCCUGCUGUAACGUUUGUCAUCUUGCCCAGCGGUUGGCUACAUGAUGCAUUGUUUCCAUGUAAUUUGUUACAUCACGGGGGCCGGAUGGAGACCGGAGCAGUUUUAAACCGGGAGCUCUUAUUCCCGGUUCAAUCCCGGAGCUCUCAAAACCAUUCCCCGGGCCACAAUUACUGAAGCUGACAAGGCGAGCCUGGGGGCUCACUGCGGGAAUUUGCCAGCUCGCUCCUGCUGUUCUAUCGUGUCAUUUUGUGCACGAAAAUAAACAUCGUUACCGAGUGAAUCAUGGCAAGGGCUACGAUACCUCCGGGAAUCCGCUGUAUUCAAGCCUUUUCCAGAGACAACUGGUAUCGUGGGUUUACACUCGUGCUAACCUUCCUGUUUUACACCAGUUAUCACUUGUCUCGCAAACCCAUCAGCAUUGUCAAGAGUGAACUUCACAAGAACUGCUCAGGAGCUGGUGGCCAUGGAUCCACGAGUCGCCGUGACAAUGACACUUGGUGUGACUGGGCACCAUUUGAUAAACCCAACUACAGGAUAUUGUUUGGUGCACUAGAUAAUUCCUUCCUGAUAGCCUAUGCUAUUGGCAUGUUUUUCAGUGGUAUUUUCGGUGAGCGGCUCCCUCUGCGAUAUUACCUGACUGUUGGGAUGUUGCUCAGCGGGUUAUUCACAGCACUCUUUGGGUUUGGAUUUUAUUGGAAUAUUCACAGUAUCUGGUACUACACAAUUGUACAGAUUGCAAAUGGUUUGGCACAGACUACAGGGUGGCCAGCUGUUGUCACUUGCGUUGGGAACUGGUUUGGAAAAGGGAAGAGAGGCUUCAUCAUGGGAAUCUGGAACUCUCACACAUCAGUCGGAAAUAUCCUGGGCUCCUUGAUCGCUGGGAUCUUUGUGUCAUCUGCCUGGGGUUUAUCGUUCAUUGUGCCUGGUGCCAUCAUCGCAGCAAUGGGAAUCGUCUGCUUUCUCUUUCUGGUGGAAUACCCUGAAGAUAUUGGCUGCACCCCUCCAAAGCACUUUGACUCCAAGGAGCAGGAGCCGGUGUUACGCCGUGGGAGCAUGGAAGAGAUUUUCACCAACCCAAGUGAUGUUACUGAGAAUGGCAGCAUUGUCAGUCCUGCUCACACUGAGCCUUCUGCAAUUAGCUUCAUUGGAGCACUCAAAAUUCCUGGUGUGAUUGAAUUCUCACUGUGUUUACUCUUUGCCAAAUUGGUCAGCUAUACAUUCCUGUUUUGGUUGCCUCUCUACAUUUCAUCUGUUGCCCAUUUGAAUCCCAAAGCUGCUGGUGACAUUUCAACACUUUUUGAUGUCGGUGGCAUUUUAGGUGGGAUUCUGGCCGGAAUUAUCUCUGAUUACGUGGGUGGGAGGGCCACAACUUGCUGUGUUAUGCUGAUCAUCGCGGCUCCUAUGCUGUUUGUUUACAACUACGUUGGGAAGAAUGGAUUAGCAACAAUUGUAGGAAUGUUAAUAUUCUGUGGUGCACUAGUGAAUGGACCGUAUGCUUUGAUCACGACAGCAGUAGCAGCUGAUCUGGGAACUCACCGGUGUCUUAAAGGGAAUGCUAAAGCUUUAUCAACUGUCACAGCAAUCAUCGAUGGAACAGGUUCCAUUGGUGCUGCAUUGGGCCCGCUGCUGGCUGGACUCCUCAGUGACUGGAACAGUGUCUUUUACAUGUUGAUAGCAUCUGACAUCUUGGCCUGUCUGUUAUUGAGCAGACUGGUGUACAAAGAGGUCCGAGGCUGCUGUGGAUAUCCCACAAGGCUGAGAGGGUUUAAGGAGUUCUGAGAAUGCUGUUCAGAGUAGUUGCUAAGUGAGACCAAGAGGCUCGAAUUUUGCGGCUUAAUUUAAUAUUUUUGCUUCAAAGCUCACUUCGUCGAUGUGUGGGAGCAAACUCUCUCGAUCCAGUACAGUGAGAAGAAUGAGUCUCUUUAAUCUCUCAAUCCCUCCCAGAACAUAACAUCGCAGAGAUUAAAGUCCUCUCAGCUUUUGAAACAGUCAAUUAAAUUUUAGACCCUCUCUAUUGAAAAUUGUCUUCCAAUUGAUGGUGAAAAGGACUUCAUUUGACAGCAGAAUCUGUGUGAUGUACUGUCUUUUAUUGUUUAAAAUAAACACAAUUUGUAUAAUU